GUUUUUACCAAACCCAGAGGUUUUUCAAUCCUGUCCACAAUUUCACUUACCCAACAAAAAAAGUAAAUAAAAAAUGUUGUAACAAACAAGUACAAAUUCUUCUUCUUCUUCUUUAGCAUUUUUUUUCAUGGCUUGAAAAUUCAUAAUUCUCAUACAUAAUACAUAGAUUUCUUCUCAGAUCGGUGAAAUUAGUGACAUUGGUUUAUUGCAUUGGGUGAUCACUUGUUGGCAUGCUUCUGAAGAUAUGGUGUAUAAGAAGAAGUUAGAUUUUGGUUUCAAUGGCUUUCAAGUUCCAGUUAUACCUAAAGCUCCUAGAUCAGUUAGAAGGAGACGUUCCUGUAAAAAAUUGGAUGAUGAUCAAAUUUGUGCAUUUGAAUUAUUGGCGGCUGUUGCCGGGAAGCUUUUACUGGAGAGCGAAAGCUCCACUUCCAGUAAUGCAGCAGAAGGGAAAAAUGAAAUUGCUGAUGGCAGGGAUGGUAUUAAAAGUGAACAAGUGGAAGAAGGUAAAGCUGUGAAAUCAGAGUGCCUCGACCAGGGGAGUUGUGUAGAAAGCGAUUAUAUAUCCGAAACUGCAGCCCAAGAUCAGAAUUUGAAACAUUGUUUCGAUAAACCUCAUCAUGCAGAAAAUAAUUAUUUCUUGGAGCAUACUUCUACUGUUAUAGGCUCUGACGCUGACUUGAAGUUGGAAAACUGCAAGGAGGUCAAUAUACCUGAUGGAAAAUUCCACCCCAAAAUUGAAGGUGGAUCCUCUAGUCUUGAAGUUCCAUGUGAUGGUAAAAUCAGGACAGGAAUUCAAAAGCACUUAGAUGAUGACAGCAAGCAGAUAGAGGACGUAACUGUGACUAACACUUGUAGUGUAAAGAAUCCAAUUGAAGAAUGUGUUAAUAACAGUGGUUUGUUUAACUCAGACGGUAGUGUACAGUUACCCUUGUACAGGGAUUCGGUUCCUAGUGCUUCUUUUGUAAAGCACAGGAACAGUGUAAAGUUAGGUAUUAGAGAUGAUGACGAAAAUUCUUUUGACUGCUAUAGAUAUAGCACCAAGUUAAGGGCCUUUAGGACGACAUCACGACUUGGAUACAGAAGAAUAAGGAAGAUGCUGAAAUCUCGACACUGGAAAGCAGCUCCUAAGUUGAAGGAAUAUGAGCGAUCUUACACAAAUGGCGGAGUGGAGUCCUUUUACCUCAGUAGGAAAAGUGUACGUGCACGCAAGAGAUGCCAACUUGAAGUUCCUUCCAAGAGACGGAAAUUGAGCAACCAUGGCUUUGCUGUUGCAUAUUACCAGGAGGCCAGUAGUGAAAGCGUGACAAAUUCACCUGACAAGGAAAUCAAACGAGACAUUAAUACCUCCCAUGCCAUCCCACCGAGAGGAACUACUGAUCCAGCUCCAGUUAACAAUCAUCACAAGAAGGACCCUAAUGUAAAAUUUAGCAUCAAGUCCUUCAAGGUGCCGGAGCUUUAUAUUGAGGUUCCUGAAACUGCAACAGUUGGCUCGCUGAAGAGAACGGUUAUGGAGGCAGUUACCGCUAUACUGGAAAGUGGAUUACGGGUUGGGGUGGUUCUCCAGGGAAAGAAGGUCAGAGAUGACAAUAGAACACUGGAGCAGGCUGGCAUUUCCCAGAACGGCAACCUCGAUAAUUUGGGUUUCACUUUGGAGCCUAGAUUCACCCAAGUUUCUCCAUCAUCAUCUCCUAAUAAACUUCUGGCUUCAUCAACAUAUGCUGCAGAUCAGGAACUAACAAGGCGGCGACCUAGUCCUAUAUUGGAAUUGGGGAUUCACAACGCUUCAGCAGACCCUCUAGAGACUGAGAUGUGCAAGUACAAUGAGAAUAACCAUCCAUCAGAGCUAUCUCCUACAAAUCCUAUUGAUUCAUCAACUGAUGUAUCUAUUCCAGAUUCUAGAGCCUUGGUGAUAGUUCCUUCAGUUACUGCAGAGGCACUUGCUAUGGUUCCGCUGAGCCAAAAAAGUAAACGUUCUGAACUUUCACAACGUAGAAUACGGAGACCAUUCUCAGUUGCAGAAGUAGAAGCGCUAGUUGAAGCUGUGGAGCAUCUUGGAACUGGAAGGUGGCGUGAUGUUAAAAUGCGUGCUUUUGAUAAUGCUGAUCACCGAACUUAUGUUGACUUGAAGGAUAAAUGGAAGACAUUAGUACAUACAGCAAGCAUUGCCCCGCAACAACGAAGAGGCGAGCCUGUUCCCCAGGAACUUCUGGACAGAGUCUUAUCUGCCCAUGCCUACUGGUCUCAACAACAGGGGAAACAUCAUGCUGAACCUCUCAAAACUCCAGAUGCAAAAGCACAGAAAGUUGGCGCUUGAAGGAAUUCGUCGAAUUGUCAAUGAUGUAAAGAAACUAUUAUAUUAGGUAACACGAAGAGCACGACGAGGAAACUGUAAAAAAGGAUUCGUUCUGUUUCUCGUCAACUCGGUUAGACUCACUGAUUUGUUGCCUUACAACAGUUGUGACUUUGUAAAUUGCUCAGUAAUAAAGCUGUGUAGCAGCACAUGUCUCUCUAGGGUUUAUUUUGUUUCUGUUGGUUCUUUCAUUUGGUAUUAUUAGGGUUAUGGAAAGAAUCAAAUGUAUUAAAUAUGUACAUUAGUAGUAGUUCCAAUUGAUUUUCUAGUGUAAUUUCACUAUUGUAUGCAACU